AGAACAACAACAACAACAACAACAACAAAAAUGGGAAUCGAAUCCCUUCCCCCCCUCGACCCCAUCACCCGUCUCUCCCCCCGCGUGAUCCGCAUCUUGGGCGGAAACCCUUCCAAAUUCACUCUGCAAGGCACCAAUACUCAUCUGGUCGGAACGGGCUCCGAGAGGAUUUUGAUUGAUACUGCUGAGGGGUUGAGUGUUUGGAGAGAGAGAUUGGAGAGGGUUUUGAAGGAUGAAGAAGGAAAGAAAGAGGGAAAGGUGAAAAUUACAAAAGUGUUGUUGACGCAUUGGCAUCACGAUCAUGUUGGUGGGGUGGAUGAUGUGAGGGAUUUACUUGGAGAGGAUGGGGUGGAGGUGUGGAAAGAUGAGAAAAAGAAAAAAACAAAAAUCCACAAAAUAAAACCAAACCAAACAUUUUCCGUCCCAGGAGCCCAUCUCACCGCAAUUUUCACUCCAGGCCACACGAGCGACCACAUGAGUUUUUUCUUGCGAGAAGAAGACGCUUUAUUCGCGGGAGAUAAUGUUCUGGGACAUGGGACGGCAGUGUUUGAGGAUUUGAAGGAGUAUAUGGAGUCUUUGGAGAGGAUGCAGAAGGUGGCAGGAGGGAGGGUGUAUCCGAGUCAUGGGGAGGUGGUGGAGGAUGGUUUGGGGAAAAUUGGAGAGUAUAUUGCGCAUCGGAGACAGAGGGAGAUGGAGGCGUUGGAGGUGUUGGGGAGGAAAGAGGGGGGUCCUGGUGGGGAUGGGUGGUGGGGGAGUAUGGAGAUGGUCAAGGUCGUGUAUGCGGCUUAUCCGGAAGAGUAUUGGGGUCCGGCCGAGGGGAGUUUGAAGCAGGUGUUGAAGAAGUUGGAGAGGGAUGGGAAGGUGAGGCAGGGGAAGGGGAGGGAUGGCGAGGAUGGGAAGUGGGCGUUGAUUGAAAAGUCGGCUUUAUAGUGUACAGUAUCCCACACAGCGAACCAGAAUGAAAUUUACUACUACUACUACUACUUUGCGUCCCAUCUUCUGCCACCGCCUUUUCGCCACAGCCAUACCGCUUCGGUGGCGUAGGAUUUUGCGCUCAUAUGUUUGCCACCAUCUACACCCCUGCCCUCACUCUCGUCUACCAGAAUUGGAACAAUCUGUAAUCGUUCCACUUCUCUCCACAGACCUCGUGCCAACUCUCCAAAGGUGUCUUCUGGACCCUCAACUACCCCACCCUCCAACACGUGCUCAGGCUCGCCUGGGUCACCAAACUCGCCUUUGCCCAGUUUGUACAGGAUGCGACCCAGUGUUUGGAAUGCGAUACAUCUCUGAGCUGCAUAGCUGGACCGUGCAAGAUGUGCCAGCUCGGCGAUGGUGUAUCCUGCUGCCUCUGGCGCAUCUCCAUGGUGAUGCAGACCCAGAGUGACGGGAAUCUCAUUCGCUUUACUGGGAGGUAUGAGGUCCCCCCGAAAGGAGAAGCGAACAUCACCAGCGUUCAGAGCAGCUGCAGAAGGAUCGUACGUGUUCUUCGCCGAGGCUGACUGCAUCCAUUCCAGUUUGUCGGGAUCUGCAGGGAGCGAGGGAAAGUACUUUUGAUGCAAAUCUUCCAGAAAAGUUUCUGACGAGGGAUCGAGUGAGGGAGGUUGGUUGGGUCGAGGAAAAUGUACGCUGUCGUGUGAUGGUGGAAGUUCUUCACGCUGGCUCUCCGUCUCCACUUCGGCCGCCACAUGCUCGAAAUCGGGCUUUUCGGCAAAAGCAACAGAUUUGGCUGGCGUUGUCCGCUCUCUGACAUCGGGCACUUCAGUUUCGGCCGAAUCCUCUACUGGUGGGGAUAUGGUGUUUGAUGGUUCUGCUAUCUCACCAGGCAACUGUGAAAGAUCAGAUUCUUCGCUUCCGCUUGCAACGUUUCCUCGUUCCAGAAGUCUCUGCAGGAGAGCUGGACUGAACUGGUUCAUUAGCUCUCGUCGCUCCUCUUCAAUCUCUUCAGCAGUCAUUCCUGCAAGCUUUUGCUUGUUCUCUUGAUCUAUGCGCUCUUUUUCCACUUCCUCCCACGACUUUGGUAUGCUAUUGGUCGCCUCAUCGUGCGGACGCGAUGGCGCCGUGUUGUCAUCCCCGCGGGACAAUGCUGCAUCUGGCGCCUGCCUCUGCUGCUUGAAUUUGCUGAUCACGGUGCGCUUCUGAUGCCCCGGGAAGCCACUUUUGCUUUUCAGAAGUGGCGCGCUUGGUGGCUUGGGUGCGGCUGGAGUGCGCUCCAAUACAUCAGCCACAAAGGCGCCAGGCAGAAGGCGAUGGUCGGACUGGCGAGGCGUGUCAUCCUCGCUCUCUGAAGCCAAGUCAAUCUCGAUCUUCU